AUGUUCGGCGACCUGCCGAAGCCGCGUCGGCCCCCUCUGGGCGGGCCUUCGCGUACCGUCAGUGUUAAUGUGUUUGAGCAGCGCAUGCACAGGCGCAAGCUGCAGGAUGCCCGCCUGGCGCAGCUUACAGCCGAUGUCCAGCGGACUCGCAUGAAUCAGCACGUGGCUGCAGUCACAGAGCGAAGUUCCAGGCUCAUGGAAGCGGCGAUUGUGCGUCGCCGCGCGCAAGAGCUGCAGCAGCAACAGCAAGUUCAGCUGGAGGCCCGCCGCGCGGCUCUCAAGGACGCCCUCGACAAAGAAGAGCUAAUGUAUCAAGAGGAAUUGAAGGCACUGGAAGCGACUCCUGAUCAAAGGAAGGCGCAGCUCGUCGCGCACGCUCGAGCACUCCGCGAAACACGAGAGAAAGAAAGGGAGCAGCUCGCGGCGAGUCUGCAAUACCGAAGAUGGAGGGAGUCUGUAGACGAACUGAGAUCCUCAGACGCCAAGCUGCAUGCCCUCCAAGCGCUUGCUAUUAGAGACGAGCAAGUCUUUCAGAAGACUCUCGAACGCGACCGGGCGGAGAAGCGCGAAAGGAUCUUCGCGGCCCUUUGGCAGGAAGAGUAUGCCAAAAAGCUAAAAAGAGAGGAGGAAGAACGGGAGCGCGCGGCGCAGCAGAAAAACGAGACGCGACUCGUACUGGAACAACAGCGCGCCCUCCUCGAGGCCAUCAAGAAGAGGGAAUCGGAGGAGCGCAAAGCAGAGAUCCGGGCGCUUCGGCAAGAAGAGUGCGAGCGCGUGCUUGCAGAUCGCAGAAGACGCGCGGAAGAUGUCCAGCGAAACGAAGAGAAAAGGAAAGAAAUCAUCGAGACCAUAGCGGCGCAGCGAAAGGAACACGAAACCCAGAGGGAACGCGAGCGGGCGCUAGAACGGGAGUACCUCGAGACUGAGAAGGAGAGGCACGCCUGCCUGGAGCGGAAGGAACAAGAAGCGAAGGAGACGAUUCGACGGCAUGCAAACGAUUACCGCGACCUGGAACUCGAAGAGGCAGGCCGGCGCAGCCUGCUGGAGGAAGUGCUGCAGAGCCGCCGCGAGGUCUGCCAGCGGAAGGCUGAGGACGCCGAGCGACUCGCAGAACAAAAAAAAAGAGAAUUACAUGUUGUGAAGGAGGACUUUGAUCGAUUCAAGGAAGAAACCGAGCAGAUGAAGCGUGACGAACGCCUCAUGAAGGCUCGCUAUUGCCAGGAUCUUUCCGCGCAACUUGAACUCGCCAUGCUUGAGCGGGCGGAGGCCCAGCGACGCUCCGCUGAGGAGGCUGAGGAAAAGAAAAGAGAGGAACAAAAAAUUGAAGAAGCGAUGGAACAAGAAAAAACGAAACAAGCCGCACUGCAGGAAGCCGUCACACGAAUGAGACAUGAGCGCAAAGCCGCGAUGGACGCCGCUCUUGCGAAACGCACCGCUGUACGAGCGGCCGUCGUUGCUCCUUGGGAACGCGACAGCUAA